AUGGAUCCUGGGGGAAGAGUUACAAAUACAGGAGUGAUUACUUGGUGGAGCCUAGCUCCUUACCUGGACCUCGGCCACACUGGCACCUUCGACGAGAGGAGCCCUGGGGGUGGCAGGGAGGGCCCUGCUGAAGGCUGCGGCCCCCAUGGGCCCCAGCUCCCCCUCUGCUGCUGGCCUGUGCUGCUUCUCAGCGGGCUGGGGGAGACGGCCGUCCUUCUGAACUGGAGGGAGCUGUCCCCGCGCUGGGGCCUCUGCCUGGUGGCUUGGUGGGGAGUUGCUUAUGGGAAUGGUCUGUCCGAACACCUUGUUUCAAAGGGAGUGGGUGAGAGCUAG